AUGGGCUUAUUAGCUCUUGGAACGCCGCUCGAAUGGCCUGAGGCUGAGAAGCGAGCGCACCAAGUUAGGGAAUGGGGUAUCAAGCAACUCCUUGAAAUCUGGAAUAAAGCCAAAGGCAAGGAGCGUGAUGCUCUGUUGUGGGGAGAUGAGGUUGAAUAUCUCGUUGUCACCUACGACAAAGAUGACGACAAGGUCCUCCUUUCUCUCCGCCAAGCUGAAAUUCUGACUGCUUUGGCAUCUGACCAAGAGCUUGCGGAGGCCGGAGGUUGCACGGAUGACACCAUUGAUGAUGCUACAAAAGGAAAGACUGACAAGCCAAUUCCUGUGUUUCAUCCUGAAUUUGGACGAUUCAUGUUGGAGGCGACACCAGGAAAGCCCUGGGGCAUUGGAUUCAAGGAGCUCCUUGAUGUUGAGCCUGAUAUGAAGCUCCGCAGGAAAAUCGCGAAGGAGCACAUGCUAUCAACUGAGUAUCCUAUCACGCUCACAACUUUCCCACGAAUUGGUAGUCCCGGGCAGUUCACUUUCCCAUACUACCCUACUUCUGGCCCGAAGCUCCGUUCGCAGUUUGUUCCCGACGAGAUUGCGAAUCCUCAUAUCAGAUUUCCGACAUUGGCUGCUAAUAUCAGGUCUCGACGUGGGCGCAAGGUUCAGGUCAACGUCCCGAUAUUCCAUGAUGUCAAUACGCCCAAACCAUGGAAAGAUCCUACCGUGAACUAUGAUUUACACCAAUGGCCCGAGGACAAUGACGUGAGGAAUGGAGCUGCUCCAGAUGAGUACAUUCACAUGGAUGCAAUGGCAUUUGGCAUGGGGAGUUGCUGCCUUCAAAUCACGUUCCAGGCUAAGAGUAUUACUGAAGGCAGACAGUUGUAUGAUCAGCUGAGCCCGCUGGGCCCUAUCAUGCUCGCUCUGACUGCUGCAACUCCUGUCUAUAAAGGAUUUCUCGCAAACACUGAUGUGCGGUGGAACCAGAUCAGCCGUGCAGUCGACUGCCGUACUCCAGAGGAGCUUGGAGAAAAGCCCUUGAAGCAUAACAGAUGGCGUAUUCCAAAAUCUCGAUAUGCGUCAAACUCAACAUACAUCUCAAAUGAUCCCCGGCUACGGAAGGAGUAUCUUGACCCAGAUCUUGUGAUCGACCCGGAAAUCAAAGACAAGCUCACCGAGGGUGGAAUGGAUGACCGCCUGGCCACUCACUUUGCUCACCUUUUCAUUCGAGACCCCAUCGUCAUCUUCGAGGAAGAUCUCCAGGAGCUGGACAUGACCAAGACGGACCAUUUUGAGAAUAUUCAAUCUACAAACUGGCAGCAUAUGCGUUUUAAGCCGCCCCCUGCGGGCAGCGAUAUCGGCUGGAGAGUGGAAUUCAGGCCGAUGGAGAUUCAGAUUACGGACUUUGAGAAUGCGGCCUUCUCGGUCUUCAUGGUAUUGGUUACGCGAGCUAUCCUCUCGUUUGACCUCAACUUCUACAUCCCAAUCAAGAAGGUCGACGAGAACAUGGAACGAGCACACGAGGUGGAUGCUGCCCUCAAGACCAAAUUCUAUUUCCGCAAGAGCCCGUUCCCAGUUAGGCCUUCACGCGCCAACACGGCGGUGCCAGAUGGCAGUCGCCCUGGGUCUGCCAUGGCCAGCAGACCUGCAAGCCCAGGACCGGUCGAGGAAGAGUAUGCGGAGAUGACCAUUAACGAGAUCAUUAAUGGAUCAUCCGAUACCGACUUUCCUGGACUGAUCCCGAUUGUGGAAAGUUACCUCGACAGCGUUAAUGUGGAUGUGCAGACCAGAUGCGAGCUAUCUACCUACCUCGAGCUCAUUAGCAAGCGCGCGAGUGGUGAAUUGGACACGGCGUCUCGCUGGAUCCGCAACUUUAUUGAUUCACACCCCGAUUACAAGCAUGACAGUGUUGUCAACGAGAAGGUGAACCACGACCUCAUCGGUGCCGUGAUCGCGGUUGGAGAGCGAGAGAGCGCCGGUCGCAAUUUCGCAGGGCUCGGUAUCCCUGGGCUUCCUCAACUGCUGGGCAACUUCCGUGGUGGGUGUGGCGAUGAGGCAGGCCGCCGGCAGGCUAAUGGCCUCAGCAACGGCCGGAGCAACGGACACCACAACGGAGACGGAAGCCCGACUUUGAAACGCAAGAAUGAAUUCGAAGAGGGGAAUACGGAGAAUGGGAAGAGGUGA